UUCCUGGUCAUUCGGCGGUAAGAAAGCGCGGGUAUCGUUACCAGUGUAGUGCCACUUUUAAUUGUCGGUACACUCGUCAAUUGUGUGAGCCAGAAAUUGAGAAAAAUUAGUAAAAAUGUUUGAAGCACGUUUAGUACAGAGUGCAAUUUUGAAGAAAGUGUUAGAUGCAAUAAAAGAUCUUUUAACUGAAGCCACCUUCGAAUGUUCUGAUUCGGGUAUCCAAGUACAAGCUAUGGACAAUGCUCAUGUUUCUUUAGUUUCUCUUAAUCUUAGAAGUGACGGUUUUGAUAAAUAUAGAUGCGAUAGAAAUUUAUCAAUGGGCAUGAGCAUUGCGUGCAUGUCCAAAAUUCUACGAUGUGCUGGUUCAGAAGACACAGUAACAUUGCGAGCAGUAGAUAAUCCAGAAAAUAUUACGUUUAUAUUUGAAUCACCAAAUAAAGAGAAACUUGCAGAAUAUGAAAUGAAACUUAUAAAUAUGGACCAAGAACAUCUUGGUAUUCCUGAGACCUCAUAUUCGUGUGUUGUAAAAAUGCCAUCUCAAGAAUUUUCACGUAUUUGUAGAGAUUUAAGCCAAUUUGGAGAAUCAAUAACAUUUGCAUGUUCUAAAGAAGGCAUAAAGUUUAGUGCUACUGGAGAUUAUGGACAAGCCACUGUUAAAUUAGCACAAACAGCAGAUGCAGAUAAUGAAGAAGAAGCAGUGGUUGUUAAUAUGCAAGAACCAGUAAAACUAACAUUUUCAUGUCGUUAUCUUAAUUGUUUUAUAAAGGCUGGGCCCCUGUGUGCACAAGUACAACUAUCAAUGUCUAAUGAUGUGCCCUUAGUAUGUGAAUACAAAAUUGGAGACAUUGGGCAUAUUAGAUAUUAUUUGGCACCAAAAAUUGACGAUGACGAAGAAAAUUAAAUUUUUGAACACUUUCAGAUUCUUAAAUGUCUCUUUUAGUAUAUAAACCAUAACAUCAAUAGAAUGUAUUGUAGCAUUACUUUAACUUCAUGUGUUUCGAUUUUUUUAGUUUUGUAUUUAUCAUAUUAUCAAAGAUUAAGUAUUUUCAAGAUUUUACUAAAAACAAAAUAAUCGUAUUACUUAGAUAAAAAAAGGUAUAUUUUGAUAUUCAUUAUUGAGGAACGAUUAAGGAUAAUUAAAAAUACUUUGAAGGUCGUAUAUUUAAAUUUUACAUUUAAAAGUCAUUUGGCUCGUCACAGUGUUAGCGCAACGUAGAAUUGACACUAAGAUUCAUAAUAGAGUGACACGAUCAUGAUUAACAUGGUAAUGUGGUGUCAAUCUUAUAAGAUUCAUAUUGUUACCGUCUCAUAAACUGUGACAAUAUUUUGAUAAUGUUGCAUUUUUUAUAUGUAAGAAGAACUCAAUAUAUUUCCAAAACAUUUGAUAAAUUUUGAA